UAUCACUGCAGCGCAGCACUCCCGGCCUCCGACGCGCUCCUUGUUUCCCGCCGUCAUGUCCAAGCGCAUCCGCAUCUUCACGUCCGAGGACGUCGCCGCCCACAGCACCGCCCAGAGCUGUUGGGUCACCCGUAACGGCAAGGUUUACGACGUAACGAACUUCCUCGCCGACCACCCGGGUGGAGACGACCUCAUCCUCAACUAUGCCGGGAAGGACGUGAACGAGAUCAUGCGCGACCCACAGGAGCACGACCAUUCCGACUCCGCGUACGACAUGUUGGACGAGUGCUUCAUUGGGAGGCUGGGCACCCCCGAGAUGAUCGUGAGCGACGACUGGGUCCCGGACGAGAACUUCCACCCAGAGAACACGGACGUCGCUGCCGACUUUGAAAAGAACGAAUUUCUCGACCUUCGCAAGCCUCUGAUGCGCCAGGUCUGGGAGGCGAACUGGUCAAAGUCCUACUACCUGCAGCAGGUCCACCAGCCCCGCCACACUCCGGAGUCCCCGCGUCUCUUCGGGCCUGCCUACCUUGAGAUAUUCACCCGGACGACUUGGUAUGUCGUGCCCGCAUUCUGGUUGCCCAUCGCGGGCUACAUAUUCGUUCGCUCGCUGGUGCAAUACACCCUUGGGGGCAACUCCCUGCCGCUCUUCACCCAAAAUCCUUUGGCGCCGCUGAAGCUCUUUUUGGCGAUUCACAUCCCUGCUUCCGCUGUGGUGAAGACGACGUUGUGCUUCUUCCUCGGCAACUUUGUGUGGACCGUCCUGGAGUACAUUUUUCACCGCUUCCUAUUUCACGUCGACAAGUAUCUCCCGGACAACUCUGUCGGGAUCACGCUGCACUUCAGCAUGCACGGCAUCCACCAUUACUUGCCCAUGGACCGCCUGCGGCUUGUUAUGCCUCCUGUGCUCUUCGCGACGCUCUCCUUCCCAAUGACACAGCUCGCACAUGCACUCUUCCCACCGGCUAUGGCGAACGGCGUUAUCGCCGGUGCCUUCGUGUUCUACGUUCUGUAUGACUGCAUGCACUACGCACUGCACCACACGAAGCUACCGGCAUAUGUCCGCGAGAUGAAGAAGUAUCACCUUGCGCACCACUACAAGAACUUCGAGCUCGGCUUCGGUGUGACAAGCAAGAUCUGGGACUACGUGUUCAACACUGUGCUUCCCAUGUAAGCUCAGCCGGGCGUUCUUCGCAUUGGUGGGCAGGGGGGCAGUCAACGGGCAGGAGUGCCGGUUGUACAGCAUCGUCGUUCGGGGACUGCGUUUGCAGAUUUACAGAGUACAUUACUAUUCCGCCUUCGCCGUCGUUGACGCUCUAGUUAUUGACAUGGCUCGGCUUGUUGGACUCUACAGAGUUCGACGAUAGCCUUUGUCGUAAUGGAUUAUACACACCCACAUUCACUGCUGUGUGCUCGCUUGCAUUUUUAACAUUCAUGACGACGCCGGCGCAGCCGCUCUCAGUGCUAGUCUGAGU